AUGAUAAUCAACUUAAUCGUGAGCACCGUCGGGCCGGCACUGCUCGCCACCCCGCUGCUGCUGCUGUGCUCCAACAAGCAGGCCCAGGGUCGCCAGCGCAAGACGAAGAGGGAGAAACACAAGAAAGAGAAGGGUCCACUGACGCCGCCUCCCCCGUCACAUGAUCUGCCCACCUACCAGCCACCUACAGCCACGAUUGCCAAGGUGCUACGCGAUGAGGCCAAGCCGAAGAAGAAGCCCCUCGAAAUCCCGCAAAAGAUUGACGCGGCCGCGUUCGAGUCGAUCCUUCGCGAGAUCGAGACGUUCAUCUUCGAUGCCGAUGGGGUUCUGUGGCUGGGCGAUGAGGCGAUCCCGGGCUCUGCGGACUUUGUGCGUUACUUGCACAUGAAGGGCAAGCAGCUGAUCGUGCUCACCAACAACACGACCAAGACGCGCGAGGAGAUUGAGCACAAGAUGAUUGGACUCGGUUUUGCGCCCUAUUUGUCGUCCCGUCGUUUGGUAACCCCGGCAAUGGUGGCCGCCGAUUUUUGCCAAUUCAACGGGGUCAACGAGAAUGGCAAGAGGGUAUACCUCAUCGGUGAAGCCGGGCUGCAGGACGAGUUCAAGCGGGCCGGCAUCGACUCGUUCGGGCCGGGCCAGGACCCGGAUCGACGUUUCAUCCCCUACGAGCUGAACCGCCCCUACAUGUUCGACUUCAACCUGGACCCACCGAAAGAGAAGGUGGGCGCCGUGGUGAUCGGCUACGAGCGUCACUUUGACUACCUGAAACUGCUGAAAGCCACCAACUACCUGCAGGAUAAGAAUUGUCACUUUGUCGCCGCGAACCUGGACGAGACGACGCCCGGCCCGACCGACUUGAUCAUCCCCGAUGCCGGGCCAUUGGUUGAGGCGGUGAGCCGGGCAAGCGGUCGGCCGCCGAACGUCGUGUGCGGCAAGCCGUCGACGCAAGCCUUCGAUUUCCUCCUCCGCAACUACGCCCUGAAGCCGAGGCACACGAUUAUGAUUGGGGACAGGCUGAACACCGACAUUGCGUUUGGGCGCAGCCACGACUUGUACACGCUGCAUGUGCUCUCCGGCAUCCAUCAGUUCCACGACAUCGAGGUGGCCGCCCGGAGCCGCGAGAAGAACUGGAUGCCCCACUGGGUGGCGGACGAUCUCGGGUCGCUGGUGCCCGAUCAAUUCAACAAACGGCUCCCUAACAACAACAACAACAACACCACAAACCAGGCGGACAGCGACGACUACGAGAGCCUGGAAGAUGGGCAUAAACCGGCCGGCCGUCGCAACAACCACUACACGCAAAGCCCCAACAAC